AUGCAGCAUGAAGCCAACAUAAAAGAUGUGAAGCACUUGAAGUGUUUCGGUGCAAGUCCUUCACAAAUGAGAUCAGUCAGCAUGCAUGAAAUUGCAAAUAGUCGUCCUUCCAUUCAGACUGACAAAAUUACAAGAUAUGCGAGCCCCAAUCGAUUUGAUGUUCGUCUUGCUCCGAGCAGUUUUUUAGAUUCCUAUAGAAUUCACAGGUAUGGAAACAAUCAUGGAGUUAAUUUUAGCAGAUCGAAACUACGUUCAACAUUGCCAACAAGCUUUUCUUCGUAUGCAGUUCCCUCGGUGAAUGAAGUCACUUGUUCUGUACAUAACUCUAAAUCCCUGGAGAUGAGUGCUAUGAGGAGUAAAAAGGAAGUUUCUGUAGAAAGCGGUGAAAAAUUCUGUGAUAAAUACAUAUCAUCCUUACGUGCCAAUGAAGCAGCUACUAGAACUUCACCAGUGAAUUAUGAAAAUAAUGAUCAAUGUCAUAAGUGUGUAAAACAUUCAACUCAUCAACUCAUUAAUAUACACAGUAAUAAUAAUAAUAAUAAUUACGAUAACAAUACUACUUAUCAUAAUUCCAAUUCAUCUGUAAAAAAUUCUCAACAACCUCAACCUCAUCAUCAUCAUCACCAUCAGCCAAUACCAAUUAAUUCAUCCUCAUUAAUUUAUUCUUCACCUUCACUAUCUUCACCUUCUCCAUCACCUUCUUCUACGAUUUAUACAAAUGAAUCAUCUAUUAUUGUACAUCAAAAUCUACAUUUAAACAAUCAGCAUGAUGAUUAUUUAUCAUAUAAACAAGGAUCGACAAAUUGUACCAUGCCUACUUCUCAAUCGUAUUCAGAAGUUUCUAAAUUCAAUUUAUCAUCGAAUCAAUAUUCAGCGACAUCUCAAUCGAUUACGACUAAUAUUAGUACUACUAAUAAUACUACUACUGGUAACAUUAUGCCUAAUGACGCCAAUCAUGAUCGAUUAGUAGUUGGAAAUAAUUCAUCAUUGAGCAACUGUUAUACUAGUGUGCCAAACGAAUUGAAACAAACCAAUGACAAACAUCAUUCACAUAUGAAUUAUAAUUCGUGCAAUCAACUAUCCAAUACUCAUCCAAGAGAUAAUUUAUCAAACACUGAACAACAACAAAUUGAAAUCAAUAAAACGAAUAAAAUUACUGCAAAGUCGAUUACAUUUUUGAAUCAUAAACAAUCCACUGUCAAUCUUCACAACAAUUUAAACAAAGAUAAUGAUAAUCAUAAUAAUCUUAAUAAUAAUCAUAAUAAUUGCAGUGCAUUGAUACAAAACAAACAAAUUAUUUAUCCAUUUAAAACACAUUCAUUUCGUUCAAUUAAAAAUAAACAUAAAAAUCAAAUGAAAAAUAUCAACAGACAACAUCAACACCAACAGCAAGUCAAAAUGAAUGAUGAAAAUUUGAUUAAUUUAAAACCAGAAAUUAGAUUAAUUGAUUCAAGACCAAGAACACGAUUGUAUAUUCAAUCAGGUAUAAAAACUCAUACAAAAACAAUGACAUUACAAAAACAUUUCAUAUCAAAUGAUCAAUAUGCUGAUAAUCUACAUUCAAAUUCAACCAAUUUCAUUACAUUAACCAAUCCAUACACUACAACACGUAAAGGUAUUCACAACCUACCAACAUCACCAUCUAUGCCAUUACCUAACACCACAUCAAUUGAUCAUUCUACAUGUUAUAAUUUAAAUUUAUCUGAAAUAGAUUAUUAUUAUAGUGAACCAUAUCAUAGUACUAGUAGUACAUGUGAUACAUUCAUGGAAUACAAACAACAGCCGACGGAUCAAUUCAUUAUAGAUCAUCAACAAAAUGAUCCUAUACUCACUGAGAAACUUGAUGAAAUUGCUUGUGAAAUUGGAUUAUUACAUCAUCAUAAAGGUACUACAACGACGACAACCACAACAGCAACAACAGCAACAAGAAGUAGAGGAUAUGAAAGUUCACAGUCAUCACAAUAUGAUAUUGAUGGUCUCGUAUCUACAAUCAGUUCAUGUUCAGAAUCGAAUUUACCUAAAACUACAUUAAAUCAACAAGCAUUAACAAUGAAAAUAUCAACAAUUAUUUCUAAUCCAAUCUAUGUGAAUUCAUACACCACAAAAAAUAAUAUCACCAAUCAUGAAAUCAAUCAUGAAUCAACAUCUUUUUUAACAACCAGUCCAAAAAUUGUAGAUACAAGGCAUAGAACACAUUUAUCACGAAUUGAUUCAUCACUAUCAUCGAAUGUUGACAAAAUUCAAUUACACAGUCGACCAAAUAGUACAGGUAGUCAAAUUAUUCAAAAAUUUCUUCUACGUCAUUUAUCACCAAAAUUUAGACAUAGUUUAUCAAGACUUUCUAGUAGUAGAAGAAGAAAAAAAUAUGAACAGUCAAAUUUAAAUCAAGAUAUUAUUGAAAAUUUACACUCCUUUUCAUCAACUUUUGAACGUUGUAAAUCGGAACGUUAUUCAUCACCAAGAAAAUCAUUGCUACGUUUUAUUCCACAUUGUUCAAGUCGAUCAAAAGAGCAUAAACAGAAGCAGCGCCCAACUACUGAAGCAAACACUACAUCAUCCUGUUCAUUGAAUAAUAAUACUAGUAUCAUAAAAUGUAAUACAAACAAGUCUACAUUGGAAGAUGAACAACAGAAAUCGAAUCUGUCAAAUACAACAAUGAUGAUUCAACAACCAUUUCCUUCCCCAUCAUGUAAUCAUCAUCAUCAUCAUCACCGUCGUCGUGGAAAUCAAUAUUAUUCACGUUAUUAUUAUGAAAAUGAUUAUCAUUUAAAUGAACAACCAAAAUCACGACCAAUUAGUAUUGCUUUACCAAUUGAACAGAAUGAAUUUACAUUGUCAACAACAUGGAAUCAAUUACAACCUACUGAUGAUCAGUUUACUACUACACAAUUAAUUGAAAAAACGGAAAAUUUACAUCAAUCGAGUUCAAAUGAUCAUCAUCAAGAACCAACUUACCUUAAUGCUGCAUUGAAUGCAUUCGGCUAUGGUUGUAAACCAGACUGGAAACAUUUUUGUGUUUCUCCUUCAGCUAGACGUUUAGCUCAUGCAAGACAGUCGAUGAAAAUGAAACAAAUCAAUGAUAAUAAUAAUAAUAAUAAUAAUGAUAAUGAUUUAUCCAAUACAACUUUAUCUAAUAAUAAUAAUAACAAUGAUAAUGCUACGAGUGAAAAUAUUAAUCAUGAUAAUAAACAUGAACAGAAUGAAAGUAAAAUAAGCGAUGAAACAUGUGCUGGAAAUAAACUUCAACAAGCUACUACUGAAUAUGAUUGUGAUAAUGAAACAAUUCAACUAGAUCAUACAGCAAUGAACGAAAAACAAUCUAUUGCGGCCGAUAAACUAUCUGAUGAAGAGCACAGUUUAAAUGAACAACCAACGGACGAAUCCACUUCAAAUGACUUAAAUGCUGUAAAUAAAGAAUUCAUUGAGACUGAAACAAAUCCAUUGUCACUCAAUCACAAUAAUACAAACGAUUCAUCUGAUGAACAGAAUACAAAUCCUCAUAAAAUCAAUCAUUCAAAUAGUUAUCUAUCCGCUAUUAAAUCUACCACACCACCAAUAAAACGUCGUAAUACUGCAGCAGCUGUGAUAAAAGCUAAAUCAACUAUUGCUAGACGUAAACAAUCAUUGAAUAGAUUUUUUAUGCCCGCCGCGCCGGUUAGCUGUCGACGUUAUGAUAAUAAAGUAUUAACCAUGACAAAUGAAUAUGACAGUAUGCCAAUGAUGAAUAGAAAAGCAGAAUUGACAACAUUAUAUGAAAAUGAACAGAAUUCACCAACGGAUCGAAACAUCACUGCUACUACUACUACUACUACUACUACUACUACUGAUACUACUACUGAUUUUCAUGAAAAUACUCAACUGCUACAUAAACGUUCUUUAUCAGCGAACGAGUUAUGCAAUCAUUCAACAAUUGCUAAUACUGAUAAUAGUAAUAAUAAUAAUAACAAUAAUAACAGCAAUAAUCCAUUUGAACGUAUUGACUAUAUUAAAAAUUUUCCAAGAAAAAUUUACUCGUCUUUUGAUUUGUUGACAAUCAGUCAUGAAAUAGAUUGGGUAUUAAAUUUAUUGAAAAUUGUACAUUUGUUUGAAUAUCAAUUGAUGAAUAUCAUGAAUUUAGCUAAACAAUUAAUUGAACAAAAUAAUCAUUUAACAAAUGAUAAUUUAAUUGAGUUAACAAAUACUACUGAUAAUGAUAAUAAUAAUUUAACUAAUAAUGAACUCUUAGCAAGUAUUGGUCAUAUACAAAUGUUAAUCAAUGGUAAUUUAACAACAUUAUGUAAAUUAUGCAGAAUUUAUUUACAAUCAAAUUCUACAAAUAAAAAUCUACAACCACUGGAUUGUUAUCAUUAUUCUCAUUCUCAUUCACAUUCUUAUCACUAUUAUAUUCCAUUGAAAAUUGAUUUAGAAGGUUAUUGGAAUUUAAUUUUAUUACAAUAUAAACAUUUGCAAAGCCAAUUUCCUACAAUUAUGAAUUGGAUUUCAAAUGAUUUUCAAAUGAAAUUACAAAUAAUUUAUGAUGAAUGUUUUAAGGAUUCAUCGAAUGAAUUAAUGAAUUCAUCAAUUUUAGUAGGGAAUAAAGAAAAUAGAAAAAAGAAUUCUAUGAAACAAACAAUGUCACAGAAGAAAUUAAACAAAUUAUCUGGAGUUAAUCAAAAAAAUCUUGACAAAUCUCCUACUCCUACUACUACUACUAGUAGUAGUAGUCAAUUACGCACAUUGAUUCGUCAACAAAAACUACAACAUCAUGCACUUAAACAAAAUGUAUUAUUCACAAAACAACAAGAAGAACUGACAUUAACUAAUACAAACACUGAUACUGGUGAUCAUUAUUUGCCUAAUAAAACUCUGCAUAUUUUUAUACCAUUUAAAUGA